AUGAGUUGUGGGUCAUUUGAAGGGCUGGAUCGACGUGCAGCCAAGGACCGGGCGGCACUGGACGUUGUGCACCCAGUGCGUGUGGAUGCGGGGGGCUCCUUCCUGUCCUACGAACUGUGGCCCCGUGUACUGCGCAAGCGGGAUGUGUCCCUGCACCACGACACACCCACCUUCUACCAGCUGCAGUACCGCGGGCGUGAGCUGCGCUUCAACCUGACCACCAACCCGCACCUGCUGGCGCCUGGCUUCUUGAGUGAGACGCGGCGGCUUGGCAGUCUGGGCCGGAUGCACAUCCGAGCCAGCACCCCUGCCUGCCACCUGCUUGGUGAGGUGCAAGACCCUGAGCUUGAGGGCGGCCUGGCGGCCAUCAGUGCCUGCGAUGGCCUGAAAGGUAUGUUCCAGCUCUCCAGCGAGGACUACUUCAUUGAGCCCCUGGACGGCGCCCUGGCUCAGCCCGGCCAUGCCCAGCCCCACGUGGUGUACAAGCGCCAAGCCCCUGAGAGGCCAGCAUCGCAGGGCAACACCAGUACUGUAGGCACCUGUGGGGUGCAAGCAUCCGCAGAGCUGGAGUCUCGGCGGGAGCACUGGGAGCAGCGGCAGCAGUGGCAGCGGCAGCGGCGGAGGCGUCUGUACCCGCGCUCGAUCAGCAGAGAGCGGUGGGUGGAGACAUUGGUGGUAGCUGAUGCCAAGAUGGUGGAGUACCAUGGGCAGCCACACGUGGAGAGCUACGUGCUGACCAUCAUGAACAUGGUGGCUGGCCUGUUUCAUGACCCCAGCAUUGGGAACCCCAUCCACAUCACCAUCGUGCGCCUGGUCCUGCUGGAAGAUGAGGAGGAGGACCUGAAGAUCACACACCACGCAGACAACACCCUGAGGAGCUUCUGCAAGUGGCAGAAAAACAUCAAUAUGAAGGGGGAUGCCCACCCGCUGCACCAUGAUACUGCCAUACUGCUCACCAGGAAGGACCUGUGUGGAGCGAUGAACCGGCCCUGUGAGACCCUCGGCCUAGCUCAUGUGUCGGGCAUGUGUCAGCCACACCGCAGCUGCAGCAUCAGUGAGGACACAGGCCUGCCGUUGGCUUUCACUGUGGCCCACGAGCUUGGACACAGUUUUGGCAUUCAGCAUGACGGAAGCGGCAAUGACUGUGAGCCUGUUGGGAAACAGCCUUUCAUCAUGUCUCCACAGCUCCUGUACAACAGCGUCCCCCUCAUCUGGUCCCGCUGCAGCCGCGAGUACAUCACCAGGUUCCUCGACCGUGGGUGGGGCCUAUGCCUGGACGACCGUCCUGGCAAGGAUGUCAUCGACUUCCCCUCUGUGCUCCCUGGCGUCCUCUAUGACGUGAACCACCAGUGCCGCCUGCAGUACGGGCCCUACUCCGCCUUCUGUGAUGACAUGGAUAACGUCUGCCACACACUCUGGUGCUCCGUGGGGACCACCUGUCACUCCAAGCUGGACGCAGCCGUGGAUGGCACCAAGUGUGGGGAGAGCCAGUGGUGUCUCAAUGGAGAGUGCGUCCCUGUGAGCUUCCGGCCUGAGGCCGUGGACGGUGGCUGGUCAGGCUGGAGCGCCUGGUCUGUCUGCUCACGGAGCUGCGGUGUGGGUGUGCAGACCGCUGAGAGGCAGUGCACACAGCCUGUCUCUGGGGGAGGGGCCUGGGUGCUGUGCUCAGGCUGCUCUCAGCGGGUGGGACCGAAGGCGGCCCUUGCCUGGGGCCGGGGUGCUGCCACCAGGAUCGAGUCUGAGGACUCGAGGACUCAUGGGCCUUCCUUCCGCCAGGUCCAGUGCAGCCACUUCGACGCCAUGUUCUACAAGGGCCAGCUACACACGUGGGUGCCUGUGGCCAAUGAUGUGAAUCCCUGUGAGCUGCACUGCCGGCCCUUGAAUGAGUACUUUACUGAGAAGCUGCGGGACGCUGUGGUGGAUGGCACCCCCUGCUACCAAGGCCGUGUCAGCCGGGACCUGUGCAUUAAUGGCAUCUGCAAGAACGUGGGCUGCGACUUCGAGAUCGACUCGGGUGCCCUGGAGGACCGUUGCGGUGUGUGUCACGGCAAUGGCUCCACCUGCCACACCGUGAGCGCGACCUUCGAGGAGGCGGAGGGCCUGGGGUACGUGGAUGUGGGGCUGAUCCCGGCCGGAGCGCGCGAGAUCCACAUCGAGGAGGUGGCUGAGGCCGCCAACUUCCUGGCGCUUCGGAGCGAGGACCCGGAGAAGUACUUCCUCAACGGGGGUUGGACCAUCCAGUGGAACGGGGACUACCAGGUGGCAGGGACCACCUUCACGUAUGCCCGCACAGGCAACUGGGAGAACCUUACAUCCCCGGGCCCCACCAGCGAGCCUAUCUGGAUCCAGCUGCUUUUUCAGGAGAGCAACCCCGGGGUACGCUACGAGUACACCAUCAACAGGGAGGCUGGCGGCCACGGGGGCAUCCAGCCACCCGAGUUCUCCUGGCACUACGCGCCCUGGACCAAGUGCACAGUCACCUGUGGUACAGGCGUGCAAAGGCAGAGCGUGUAUUGCAUGGAGCGGCAGGCGGGACCUGUGGAUGAGGGACACUGUGACCCUGUGGGCCGGCCGGACGACCGCCAGAGGAAGUGCAGUGAGGAGCCCUGCCCUGCCAGGUGGUGGGCGGGAGGGAACCGGGCACUCCAGACCCCAGGAUCAGGAAUCCCUCACAAGCCAUGCCUUGUGCUUGGCAGGGCCAGAGACAGCUGGCUGCAGCCUCUGCCACCCUGACAUAGUGCAGUGGGCAGGUCAACCUCGCCUUGCCCUCGUGUCCCCUGGCAGCUCCCUCCUGGCCUGAGCCACUCACCCUGGCCUUCCUUGCAGUGCUCGGUGACAUGCGGGACGGGCACUCAGCAGCGAAGUGUUCUCUGCACCAAUGACACCAGUAUCCCCUGCGAUGAGGCCCAGCAGCCGGCAAGCAAGAUCACCUGCUCUCUGCCACUCUGCCCGCGGCCCCUAGACACGCUGGACCCCGAAGGCUCAGGCAGCGGCUCCUUCAGCCACGAGCUCUUCAACGAGGUGGACUUCUUCCCACACCGCCUGGCCCCUCACCCGUCUCUCCCGUCGUCCCCCGAGCCAGCAGGCAUGGGCAAUGCCAUCGGGGAGGACCCGGAGCCAGACCUGCCAGGGCCCGUGUUUGUGGAUGACUUCUACUACGACUACAAUUUCAUUAACUUCCACGAGGAUCUGUCCUACGCACCCUCCCAAGGGGACCCCGAUCCCGCCCUGGCCAAGACAGGGGGCUGGACACUCCCACCCCAGAGCAGUCCUGCUGCGCCCCCCACGGGCACCCCGGAGCCUGCCACGGAGCCUCCUGUGACCGAGGAAGGGACGGGACCCGGGUCUUGGUCCCUUGGCACCUGGCCCAGCCAGGCUGACCAGUCCCCACUCCCAUCCCCCCCUUCGGAGCAGACCACUGGGAACCCCCUCCUCAAUUUCCUGCCUGAAGGAGAUGCCCCCAUGGGAGCCCCCAACCUGGGACUUCCCAGCUGGCCCUGGCCCCCGGCUUCCGUGGGCGGUACACAGUCACCUGCUGCCUCUGGGAGCCCAAAUGAAGUCCUCGCAAGGGAGGACAGCCAGAGCCCACUGCCCUCUUCAUGGCGGGACAGGACCAAUGAGGUUUUCGGGGAUGACGAGGAGCCUGUGGGCGGUGGAGCGCCCCCCCUGCCCCAGAGACCCAGCCCCAGGCCGCCUCCUGGGUCCCCCCUCAGCACCCGCACCUCUCCUAGUCCUAGGGUGGAACUGGGAACAGGAGGAAGGACUGUGGCCGGAGAGCCGGCCCUGGAGGGUGGCCUGGGGGCUGUGGACAGUGAGCUGUGGCCCGCUGUGGGGGUGGCUCCUCCCACUGCCACUCUGCCAGAGACUGGGGUCAGAAGCGGCCCCCUGGAGCUAGGGACUCCCAGCUUCUCGGCCCCUGGACUGAGCUCAUGGGACUUGCAGACUCCGGCUGUGCUGCAGCCUCCGACAGCCAUGACUGACCUGGGGCACAGGCCCUGGAUGACUGUCCCGAGCCCGGGACCCCAGCGCCAGCCUGCAUUCCCUGGCCCCGAGGCCCCUCUGUCCACACCAUCCCAGGACAGCCCCGCCAACAGCAGCGGGGCCCCCGAGGCCCAGCCCCUGGCCCCCAGCCUGGCCGAGGAGGGGUCCCCCGGGGACCAGCUGGCCACCAGGAAUGCCAGCUGGCAAGUGGGAAACUGGAGCCAGUGCUCCACCACCUGCGGCCUGGGCGCCGUCUGGAGGUCCGUACACUGCAGCUCCGGCCGGGAUGAAGACUGUGUCCCUGCGGGCCGGCCCCAGCCCGCCCGCCACUGCCACUUGCGGCCAUGUGCUGCCUGGCACGCCGGCAACUGGAGUAAGUGCUCCCGCAGCUGUGGUGGAGGCUCCUCCAUGCGGGACGUGCAGUGCGUGGACACGCAGGACCUCCGGCCACUGAGGCCCUUCCACUGCCAGCCAGGGCCUGCCAAGCCGCCUGUCCGCCGACCCUGCGGGGCCCAGCCCUGCCUCAGCUGGUACACCUCCUCUUGGAGGGAGUGCUCCGAGGCCUGUGGUGGCGGCGAGCAGCAGCGUCUGGUGACCUGCCCGGAGCCAGGCCUUUGUGAGGAAGCACUGAGACCCAACGCCACGCGGUCCUGCAACACUCACCCCUGCACGAAGUGGGUGGUGGGGCCCUGGAACCAGUGCUCAGCCGCCUGUGGCGGUGGUGUCCAGCGGCGCCUGGUCAAGUGUGUCAAUACCCAGUCGGGGCUGCCUGAGGAAGACAGCGACCUGUGUGGCCACGAGGCCUGGCCUGACAGCUCCCGGCCCUGUGGCACUGAGGACUGUGAGCUCAUCGAGCCUCCACGGUGUGAGCACGACCGCCUGUCCUUCGGGUUCUGUGAGACCCUGCGCCUGCUGGGCCGCUGCCAGCUGCCCACCGUCCGCAGCCAGUGCUGCCGCUCGUGCCCCCCGCCCGGCCACGGCGCCCCCUCCCGAGGCCACCAGCGAGUUGCCCGCCGCUGACCCGCUCCGGGAUGCACAGACCGACCAACGACGCACACACCUCAGCGCCCAACAUGGGCUGCGGCGGAGCCCCGGCCCCCCGUGCCCUCAUGGUGCUAACACCCCCCACCCAGUGACAGGCUGGGUCUGUCCCCUAUCCCCAUCAGAAAAGGUAUUUUUUUAUUCUAACAGUUGGUGUAACAUUUGUUAUUAUUUUGCAUAAACGAGUAUCUACUGUUCC